CAUGCGAGUCGUCUAUUUCUAACACUUGUUACGUCAUCUCUAUCUAAUACGUAUCGCUGUUGUUGUUGCCGCCGUUGUUGCCAGUAGCGGAACUAAAGCAGGUUUAAUUUGCUGUGCCCGCAUAACAAAAAAUUUGUUGUCUUUGAUAAAGGAGGCUCUAGUGAUAAUAUAGUAGUUGCUCUUUUAGGGACAUGUGAGGUAGUCUAACUUUAAAGUCAGGCGUGGACAUACUUCGUUUCGUGCUGGCAGGGGUCUGCCACAUGAAACGACGCCUAUCGGUAGUACUGAACAUGAAACUCAAAUGAUUUGGAAGACUCAUGUAUGGUGACGUUACUGUGACAUUAAAUUCAGAGUAAAUGGAGUCUAACGACAUUCCAACAAAAACAAGUGGAUGACAAUUUAGAUAAUUUGUAUUUCGAUCAGUGAUUGACUAUAUGACACCUACGGCUCCGAAUUACGAUACUUGAGUUGUGGAGCAGGCGAGAUUCUGUUGUUGUAGAAGUCCCUUCUCUGUCUCUUCCGUCCCCGUACCGUGAAAGCUGACGUAAUAGCACGGCUACAUCGUGAAGGCGUACUCAGUUAAUUUUGUAGUUCACGCAUGAGUAUCAGAUCAUAAAUUGCAGUUAAGGGAAGAUUAGUGCAAUUGUUUGGAGUGAAAAUCGUGAGAUUCGGUACCCGGGAACGACCUGUUGGCAUCUGACUAGGUCGCGCCUACUACCGCCUCUGCCGCCGCUAUGGAUUGGCGUAACGCGAACGCGACGGACGCAUCGCUUAACGACACGGAUGCCCUGUUCUCCGAAUAUGGAUCGACCCGUACUGCUAGCUCGAUUGCCGGUGUUGCGGUGACAUCGUCAGUCGGAACAGGGUCAUUGGGCAUUGCUGCGUCGGCUGCCGAGUUAUGCGUUGGAACAGCUUUGAACAGCAGCGAUGUUGCCGUAUCAGCAACAUCUGAGGGGGUUGCCUGCGCCGCUGAAUGGGAUGGCCGUUUAUGCUGGAAGAAUGCAGCCCCCGGCGAGGUCGUCGCCAUGUUCUGCCCAGAAGGACGCUUCUUUAACUCUUCUUAUAUGGUGGAACGGUCUUGCAGCACACACGGUGUAUGGAGUAUUGCAAAGUACGAAGCGUGCUUUGAACAGGCCUACUAUGAUUACAUUCAUACGUUGCAGGGUCACCUCUCGACACUAAAUCGAAUUUCACUUAUCGGUUAUUCAUCGUCUCUUUUUUUACUGAUACUGGCUUUUUUUCUUCUAACUUCUCUUAAACGUUUACGGUGUGCUCGUAACAAAUUACAUUUACAUCUGUCUGCGUCAUUCAUCCUUCGAUGUACUGUACUGGUAUUUAAGCAUCUCUAUUUUACCAGGGGCAUAACAUCCUUCAAUAGUCAUGAAUUCAUCAGUUGUCGCAUCUUCACGCUUUCGUUUCAUUACUCGUUGAUGGCCAAUUAUUGUUGGAUUUUGAUGGAAGGCCUCUAUCUCUACAAUAUCAUUUUCAUGUCGGUUUACGCUGAUAAUUCGAAAAUUGCAAAAUACAUAGUCAUGGGCUGGGGUCUUCCGCUGCCUUGGGUGGCGAUCUGGGCAAUAGCACGGCUCUGUUACGACAAUAAUCGGUGUUGGGAGAUGGAGCCGAAGUAUCGUGGCAUCACCUGGAUUCUACGCGGACCCAUUUCACUCUCUAUCAUUUUAAACUUUUUCUUCUUCCUAAGUAUCACACGAGUUUUAUUUGUCAAAAUGUCAGCUGUGCACAUACCGGAUGCGCGAAAAGUUCGAUACCGAAAAUGGUUUAAAUCAACACUCGUUUUAAUUCCGUUAUUCGGCGCUCAUCAGAUACUUACUUUAGCAGCCAGCCUCCUGCAUAACGACCGGAUGGAAUUUAUUUGGCUUUACAUAGAUGUCGCCUUUACUACGUUUCAGGGUUCAGUGGUAGCUCUACUAUACUGUUUUGUAAAUAAUGAGGUGCAGUCAGAGGUGAUCCGACUGCUGCCUGAACGUUUUCGACGAAAACUUCCCUUAGGAGACGGUGGAGGGUUCCCAUCAUCGACGAAUUUCUCUAAACGAGAUUCGCUGGCACCGGGUGUGUGUACAUUCAAAGUGCACGGGAAGCGCCGUCUACUUCGACAGGGAUCCACACAGACGUGCACCGUUCGCGAGGAAAUUAGUCUAGAUAAUAUACAACAGUUGGGCAACAUUCGGUGCCAGGAUAAAAGCAAUCACAAGAGCGGGCUCAGCAGCAAUGGAGACCAAAAAAGCAAGAAUAAUUCCAAUGAAACUAAGCUACUGUUAAGCAGAGGACGUCCAUGCAGCGGUCGAGAAGAUGUGCUCGAUGGAGGUUUACAUAAUGAUUCAUGUGUCUAACAGAAACUCAA